AUGGUUUGGCCGUUUUAUAAGAAAACGGAGGAAAAAACUCCUGAGUUGAGUUCACAGCUACCUUCCGAUCUCUACGCCUUUUUGGAGAAUCACAGCUUGCAGCUCGCCAACAGUUCGGAAUCUCACUCCAAGCCGACGAUCCAGUACGAUCGUACUAAUCCCGAUGAAGUUGAGCGCGUGGAGCAGUUGAAGAAGUUCAAGCGAUUGUUUAACGCCACCAAGAUGGCUGCUUCCAACUGUGAGACCGUUAGCAUUGUUGCCAACGAGGUCAGAAGAAACAACCGCAUGUCCAAGACUGGUGCUAGUGCCAUCCAGUGGACGGGGAAGUGUAUCAGUUCUCAGCGUGAGGCUUUGAUGCAACUCGGUUUCGAAGAUGCUAUCACGAUGGAGCAGGCGUACCAGAUCUCCGAUAUCGUACAAGAGACUUUCUCCAAGCACUACGGGAAGCACGGCAACAGACUUUCAGAAGAGGACUAUAAUCCGUUCUUCGCCUUCCUCAACGAAGUCAAGGACCAGAGGCUGGUUGUCUGGGGAGUGCAACAAUAG